UAAAUUCUGAAAAAAAAACAAGAAUUUCAGAUAAAUAUACAACUAUGCCAAAGAAUACAUUCAAUAUUAAUCCUAGAAAGAAGCCUGAUGCUUCUCAAUUGCAAAAUGCCUCAUCUCAUAUAAAUAAAGAAGUAUUAUCAUCUUUAACAGUGCAACAAAGCCCAGAAACAAAGAUAAACGUCUUAAAUAAGGUUUAUUUAAAUAGUUCCCAGUUAAAACGAGCGGGAUUGAGUACAGGAGAUCUUGUUUUAGUAGAGAAUGAGAAGUUAUCAACGUCCUAUUCCUUUGGAAUGGCCUGGAUGCACUCAGGAACAGGAGCUGAUGAAGUUAAACUAUCAGAAGAUCUUCGAAAAAAAGGGAAAAUUUUACUAGGACAACAAGUUUCAGUAAGAAAAUAUCCAUUGCCCUUAGUAAAAGCACAAAUUAUAGGGAUUGAAACAUUAGAUUUAGAAUCAGAAGAUAAUAUGUUAAACAAAAUGAUGAACUUUCUUGUAAAAAUAAGAUAUGUUUCUAUAGGGUCAGAAUAUGAAUAUGAAUAUCAAGGAAAACCCAUUAUUGUUAAGAUUAAAAUGGCAAAUGAGAUAAAUGAGCUUACAGAUAGGAUGAAAACGAUGGAACUUGGGGAUAAAAGUGUUUAUCAGGAGGUAUUUUUAAUAACAAAAGAUACUAAAGUUGUUUUAUCAUGGAAUAUAAAAGAUAAUCCAUCUUUUAAAAUUACAUUUGAAAGUAUUGGUGGGUUAAAACAUCAAAUUGAAUUGCUUAAGGACUAUGUGGAACUUCCUUUAUUGAAGCCAGAAUAUUUUGAGAUAUUUGGUAUAAGCCCACCAAAAGGUGUUCUAUUGUAUGGGCCACCAGGAACAGGAAAAACUAUGCUUCUAAGGGCAAUUGCUAGUGAAACAAAGGCAUAUGUGGAAUUGGUAAAUGGGCCAUCUGUUAUUGGGAAAUAUCUAGGAGAAACAGAGGCAAAUCUAUGUAAAAUAUUUGAAAAUGCAAAGAAGAACCAGCCAAGUAUUGUUUUUAUAGAUGAAAUUGAUGCAAUUGCUCCAAAAAGAGGGGAAGAUACAGUUGAAAGAAGAAUUGUUGCUACACUUUUGACAUUGAUGGAUGGAAUGAACAGUUCUGGACAAAUUGUUGUAGUUGGAGCUACAAAUAGGCCUAAUACACUUGAUGAAGCUUUACGUAGACCAGGAAGAUUUGAAAAAGAGAUUGAGAUUGGUGUUCCUGAUGUAGAUGCUAGAUUGGAAAUUUUAAAUCUUCAUUUUAACAAAAUGCCACAUGAUUUAGAUGAAGAUGAUAUUAAAAGAUUAGCAAAAAGAACACAUGGAUAUGUUGGAGCAGAUUUAACAUCUCUUUGUAGAGAAGCAUCAAUAUUAGCUAUAAAACGAGGAAUUGCUAAAGAUAUUCCUGAAAAGGACUUUACUAUAUCUAAAUAUGAUCUUGAAAUUGCAUUAAAAAAUGUUAGACAGAGUGCAAUGAGAGAAAUAUUUUUGGAAACACCACAUGUUAGAUGGUCAGAUAUAGGUGGGCAACAGAUAAUAAAACAAAAAUUACGAGAAGCUAUUGAAUGGCCUUUGACUCAUCCAGAAACAUUUACAAGGUUAGGAAUCAAUCCUCCUAAGGGUAUAUUGCUCUAUGGACCUCCUGGUUGUUCAAAAACAUUAAUUGCAAAAGCAGCAGCUACAGAAGCAGGUGUUAAUUUUUUUGCAAUUAAAGGUCCUGAAGUAUUUAACAAAUAUGUUGGGGAAAGUGAAAGAGCAAUUCGUGAAAUAUUUAGAAAGGCACGCUUAGCAAGCCCAAGCAUUAUAUUUUUUGAUGAAAUUGAUGCAUUGUCCAUUAAUAGAGGAAUGGGAGAAGAAACAAAUGAUAGGGUAUUAUCAGCAUUACUUAAUGAAUUGGAUGGUAUUGAAAAUCUUGUUAAUGUUACUGUUUUAGCAGCAACUAAUAGGCCUGACGUUAUUGAUAAUGCAUUAUUAAGACCAGGAAGAUUUGAUAAAAUUUUAUAUGUAGGUCUUCCUGAUCUAGAAGCACGCAAAGAUAUUUUUAGAAUAAAAUUUAGAACAAUGAAUGUAGCAAAUGAUGUAGAUAUAGAGGAUUUAUCAGAAAAAACAGAUGGUUGUUCUGGGGCAGAAAUUGUUGCUUUAUGUCAAGAUGCAGGAAUCAAUGCUAUGCACGAUAAUAUUAAUGCAAUUAAUAUAGAAAAAAAACAUUUUGAUAAAGCGUUAAUGGAUCUUGUUAAGCACACAACUCUUGAAAUGAUUGAUUUUUAUAAAUCUUUUAAUUAUGGACACUUUAUUAAACAUACUUAAUUAUAAAUAUUUUAUCAUUUAAAUUUACAAUCUUUAGAAAAUAUU